AUGGCACUGGACGCACAACCAUUGGAGCUCAACUCCAUCAGAGAUUUGUCGGUGCAAAAACGAGCUUGGAAUAUUCAAUUUCGUGUUUCCAGAAUGUGGCUCGCCAUCAAUCCAAACACUAAUGAAACUCUACAUUUGGAUUUGGUCAUACUCGAUGCACAAGGAGAUACAAUAUGGGUACAGAUCUCAGAGGACCUGAUAAAAACUUUCCAACCAAAGCUGAAAGAGCAACAGGUGUACAUAUUCAAAGAUUUCAAGGUCAUUCUCGCACCACAAUCACUGCAGUAUAGGCUCGUGCUUAAUCGCCUCCUGAUUCACUUUACGCCUACCACAAUUGUUGAAGAAGUUGUGGAAAACAUCCUGCCGAUUCCAGCAUACCAUUUCGACUUCAUCAAAGAAAGAGAGAUACACAGCCGUUGUGAUCAGAGGCGUUAUUUGCCAGGGAUGUCAUCGGACAGCUAA